AUGCCAUAUCAACUUAUAAGUUUGGCGAUAUGGGGCGCACGUUGCCAUCACAAGCGAGGUGCCAGUGGUGGUGCUUAUCGAUGCGCGCGAGCCGUACAUACUGUUCCUACUCCACGCUCUUGCUGCACGUCCGACUCUGUGAUCCUUGCCAUACAUGCGAAGAACCAAAGCCUGCGAUUCACGGAAUUCGCUCUGUCGACCCACAUUGCAUCCCAUCCUGUCACAAUCUCAUCUGAGUGUCUGUGGCGAAUCGUACUGAACCACCGAUCUUGUCUUUUGCCUGAAGACUUGUCCACCGAUCCGGCAACACGAUCGUCAUCCAACCGUCCAUCGAAACCGGUCGAGAGCGCGCCCAUGCCUGGAGACUCGCAGGCGCGGCCUGUCGAGGAGAACCCGCCCUUUGCGACUUUCGACACGGUGCCUUCACCUGGUAUAUUUGAGACUUUAGGUCCUGCCAGUCCCGGCGAAGAUGUGAUGUUGGAACUUCUUCCGUUUGAUCCAAGCAAUCGAAGUGACGGAGGCCUGGCCCAGGCGCAGCAUAUAGUUCGAAGUGACAUGUUGGACAGGAUGAACGAAUUGCCGAUCUCGACCUGUACAGCACGGAGCAUGCAAGCCACCUCAUCGGACAUGAACUUGGCCGUCGGCGGCACGCUGGUACCUGCUCCGCUGGAGGACUUGCCUGGCAUAACUCGACGAGAUAGUCCCAGGGCAGGGCCAGGGUUGCGACUGCCAUCAUUCGAGAUGUUGGGAAUCGCAGCACCUCACCCUAAUCAGCUCACUAGCUUGAAUCAAAUGAGCCUGAACGGACAACUUAAUUACAUCGCGAACAGUGAUUCCCGUCAUUACAAGAUAUCGCCGCUGCAGUCGGACAUGGCAGUCGCGUUGACAGGAGAUGCGACUUAUCCUGCAUUGCCAGAUGCAGAUGUGACCGCAGUCGCCAAACGUGCUCUACAGAGCUCCAUUUGUCAUGAUAUCGACACUCUCACUCCACCCGUCGACAUCGGGGACAUGCCCUUCAACAUGAAACCUGUCAUGGCCAUGUCAGCACCCGUUGAUUCUCCUGGAACGAACCCUCACUCUCAGCUCGAGGCGCUAACGGAUGACAAGCGAGACGAGCAAGGCGUCCUUGUCCCAAUAGCGGGAUCUUUAAGCAAUGCUGGCGUUAACGACAUCGAGAAUACUGGAUCGAAGGCCGACGAAGCAACUCUCUUUCACAACACUCCAAUAUGGAUCCAGCCCGCUGUCCGAAAGCUUUGUAGUCUUUCUCAUGCAGUACAAGAGGUUCAGCUCGCGUCGGCGCCGAUCGACGAAACACUGAAGGUCUUGUCGCAUGCUCUGCCAAGUCCGUCGCCGAACGGCCACAUCUUCUCCUUGAUCAUCAAUGACCUUCAUCUCGCACUCCCUUCGGAUCGCACUGAAUGGGUUAAUGUGCUGCAUGCCAUCCCAGGGGAGUACAAUCUGCAGAAGCUACCACCUACUUCACCUCCAGCCACUCCAGGCCCAGCGGUCGGCGGAGAUGAUUACUUUACCAAGAAAGCUUUUGACACCGCAGUCACCAUCCUCGACUACCAGACCGAUCUGUCCGUACAGAUGCCGUCGCCGAAUCGAGCAGUUGCCUCUCCGUCAUCUAUGCAUGUCGCUAUCGUUGAGCGAUAUAUCCCGCCUACAAAUGUGAAUGAGUUCUCAGAGAUGUUCAACCCAGACGGCCCUUCAAUUCUGGUCGAUCGCCUUGUCGAGCUCUCCCCUAAUAAUGGUACUCUGCUUUUCAUAUAUCCCAACAAGGCCGGCGCCCGGAGCUUUUAUGCCGACCAUCUGGAACCAAUCAAAGCUCCCACAUUGCGCGCCCUCGCAACUCGAUACAAUGUGCCGAUGAAUGUUGGCGAACCUCUCGAGAACCUCGACAAGGCCCUUCUCGCAUUACUGCCAACCCACGACCAGCUCACUGCCUCCAUGCAUGCUCUUUGCGCUCGCCUGACAGCUAGCAGCACGAGCCUGCGCAAUUUCCGCCAUCGAUCAUGUCGAUUCGUCUGCAAACAUGCUCAAACUGCCUCGGUCACCGUCCCACUAGAUGUCUGGUUGACGGAUUGGUGGUCAAAACAAGAAAAGCGCAAACUACGCAGCGCCAUGCAGGGCUUCGCACAAGCCGCAAGCAACCAACGCAGCGAUCCUCACCUCGGCACGCCGCCGUCGGAGAACAUCCUGGUCCAGCAACUGCUCAGCGACAUGGCGCGGAAGGCCGAAAGGAUUGGUCUGACUACUGCGGCGGUCGAGGUCAGCGUGUUUGUCGUCACACGUGAUGCAUGA